AUGGCGACGGAGAAUCAGAGAAAUCUCAUUUCGAGAAACGAGCAAUAUGCCUCGCAAUUCACCGCUGGUAGCCUGCCUCUACCACCUGCUAAGAACUACCUUCUCGGUACGAUCCUGCGUCCGUCUUCUUCACUGCAAAGGCUGACCGGGCAAGUCACUUGCAUGGACGCACGCAUUGACGCAGCAGCGGCAUUCGGAAUCAACCUGGGUGACGCCCAUAUCAUUAGGAAUGCUGGGGGCAAUGCCAAAGAUGCGCUGCGGAGUAUUCUCAUCUCCCAGCAUCUGCUCGACACGCGGGAGAUUUUGCUGAUCAAACACACUGGGUGCGGCAUGCUCACCUUCUCCAAUGCGGAUGCUCUGGAACUCGUUGCGAAGAACUCAGGUGCUGGGGUCCUGAGCAGCACGUUUGACUUUCAGCCAUUCUCUUCCUUAGAGCAAGCGGUCAAGGACGAUGUCGAAUGGCUGAAGGGACACGGCGCGGUCAUGCAUGACGGCGUGGAGAUUAGUGGGUGGGUGUAUGAAGUCGAUACUGGUAAGACGAAGCAUAUCGUGUGA